ACUGUUAAUUAAUUGUCCUGAAGUAUGAUUUUAAUUAAGGUUUUUACUUAAUUUAUUAUAAAUAGUUGAUUAGAGGAAAAGCUUGAAGAGGUGUAGUUGACUUGACCUUGCUAGCUUAGUUUCCUUCUGACAGGAGUUUUCUUAAUUCAUUGUCCUCUUCCUCCUAUUUAGUUCAACAACGAGAAGCUAUUCUAGGUUACGUGAUUAGCGUGAUUCAUUAACACAUCCACCGUGUUCUUAAUUCUAUCACAAUUCAUUUGCAAAUCUUUCGUGGAAACAAUGCUUCUAGAGCUUGAGACUUGGACUGCUUUGGUUGUUUUGUUUCUGCUUGUGUUGAUUCUGAAGGAGUCGAUCAUGGGAGGUAAGAGUUCGAAAGUCUGUGAAAGAAGGCAUGCUUCAUCGUAUGGAUCUGCUGGUUCAUCGUCUUCAUGGGAUACCUAUGGAUACCCUCAGACACCAAACGUUUACCCACAACAAAAUAAUUAUCAUACGCCUCUUCAUAACCGUGCCCCCCCUCCAUUCCACGACUAUUCACAGCCAAAAAGGAGGUUGGAUAGGAGAUACUCCAGAAUAGCUGAUGAUUACAAUUCACUUGACGAGGUUACGAGUGCUCUUUCGCACGCUGGACUCGAAUCUUCUAACCUCAUUGUUGGCAUUGAUUUUACAAAGAGCAACGAGUGGACAGGGAAGAGGUCAUUCAACCGAAAAAGCUUACAUCAUAUAGGAAGUGACCAUAAUCCUUAUGAACAAGCAAUCACGAUUAUUGGGAAAACUUUAAGUGCUUUUGAUGACGAUAAUUUGAUUCCUUGUUUUGGUUUUGGAGACGCAUCAACGCAUGAUCAAGAUGUCUUUAGUUUCCAUUCAGAUGAGAGGUUCUGCAAUGGAUUUGAAGAAGUUCUGUCAAGAUAUAGAGAUAUUGCUCCUCGCCUGCGUCUAGCAGGACCCACUUCAUUUGCUCCUAUUAUUGAGAUGGCUAUGACUAUAGUUGAACAAAGUGGGGGCCAAUAUCAUGUCUUGCUAAUAAUUGCUGAUGGACAGGUGACCAGAAGUGUUGACACGCAACAUGGCCAGUUAAGUCCACAAGAACAGAAGACAAUUGAUGCAAUUGUAAAAGCAAGUGAGUAUCCACUUUCGAUAGUUUUGGUGGGGGUUGGUGAUGGACCGUGGGAAAUGAUGAAGGAGUUUGAAGAUAACAUUCCAGCCCGAGCAUUUGACAAUUUUCAGUUUGUGAACUUUACAGAAAUAAUGUCAAGGAAUGUAGAUUCAAGAAGAAAAGAGACAGACUUUGCUCUAUCAGCUCUGAUGGAGAUACCUUCCCAAUAUAAGGCAACUAUAGAUCAUGGCAUCCUGGGUGCACGGAGGGGACAUUCACCGGACAGGGUUCCUCUGCCUCCACCUCAUUAUGAGAGGACUUCUAUCCGCAGCACAACAUCUUUUCGUCCAAACAGUUCUCAGCAAAGUGCACCUACGUAUUCUGACUUUGAUAAUGUUAACAUGGCAUCGUCUUCAGGUGGCUUAUAUGAUAACAAGGUUUGUCCAAUUUGUCUGACUAACGGGAAGGAUAUGGCAUUUGGUUGCGGGCAUCAGACUUGUUGCGAAUGUGGAGAAAACCUCGAAUUCUGCCCCAUAUGCCGAAGCACAAUCACUACAAGAAUAAAGCUUUACUAGUUAACCUUGCAUGGGAGAAGGUUAGUUACGUUUAACAGUGUUAUUAAUCGAGUGCUUAAUUGAUUUAAUAAGUCAUAAAUUAACAUGAUGCAUCACCGGCAGGGUAACAAAGAUAGGAGUAGGGUUGGCCUGGAUCACGAAUAGAGAUUUUUUUUGCCUUGUAUUGUACGAAGUGAAAUCGAGCAGUAGUGAGUGAGUGUUGCCUCAUUGUAUAUAUGAUGUUUGUGCGUUUGAAAGGAGUCAUAUUUUGAAGCCAGCUGCUUGUAAAAAAGUUACUUGGGAUCUUUUUAUGUAUAAUAUUUUAGUUUUCUUCUUCAGUGUAAACCAUGUGAACUGUAGAAUAGCCGAUUCACCCAUGAACUAUUAGUUUUUUAUUUUGUCUUUAUCCUUUCACUCCGUUGUCAUUGAUGACCAAUAGUUUUACCUUGCCACAAAAUCACCAUAAACAACAAUAUCCGAAACAAUCAAUGACUUAUUUAUUUGU